ACCCACUAAGACGUCUCUUCCCAACACAAAAGCCUCGUGGAAGUCGCUCCCUAGUCCCUCCUAUCUCGUCGUGUUUCAUUUGAUCAGUCUCUUCACUUCGCAGACAUGGAUGGGUCGGAGUCCAAAGAUUCCAGCGCCUCCGAGUUUAGCCUUGCUGAGAUAGUUGAGAUGGAAAACAUAUACAAGGAUAUAGGAGAAAAUACUCCAAAUCCAGAGAUUUGCCAGGGGAUUGCCAACAGUUUUAAUUUCUCAGCAGAUCGUACAUGGAAACCGGCUAUUAGGUGGCAAGAGGUGCAAAGUUGGUUCCAAGAUAAGCAAAAUGAGACAGGUGCCAAACAAAAGGACUCGACGAUGGCCCUCAGAGUAUUUGUUGAUCGAUCUCAUGCAAAGAUAUCUGGAUAUAUACCUGAAAGUUCACUAAAGCGAAGAGGCGUAAAGGCCUCGGAACUUUCAGAGUUGGCUUUUGAAGCUAAAUCAGCAAGAGAUAAUGCAUGGUAUGACGUUGCUGCUUUUCUAACGUAUAGGGUUAUGUGUUCCGGAGAACUUGAAGUGCGUGUGAGAUUUUCUGGGUUCAGUAACGCGGAUGAUGAGUGGGUGAAUGUGAAAAGAGCAGUGCGUGAGAGAUCUAUUCCCUUGGAGCCUUCAGAAUGCCGCAGGGUCAAGGUUGGAGAUCUGGUUCUGUGCUUCCAGGAAAGGCCAGAGCAAGCAGUCUACUGUGAUGCGUAUGUUAUGGAAAUCCGAAGGCAUUCACACGACAUAAGCGGCUGCAAAUGCAUCUUUGUGGUUCGCUAUGACCAUGAUAACACCAAGGAAAAAGUUCAUUUGGAGAGGAUAUGUUGCAGGCCGACCUCAUAAACUUAAAAUCCCAAUCAACGCCGCUAUGGAGAGCUGUUUCCAUAAGCUGUAUGUAUAGUAGUAGCAGAAUCAGUAGAAGUUUGUUAAAACUCAGUGCUGCUUUUAAAGAUGAUCUAGACUGACAUGCGUUGAAAUAUCCAUUAAUUUAGUCACAUAUUA